AUGGUCAUGCUGGCCAAGAACAUCGACACCCACGAAAAGGUAGCUCUGAAGUGCGUGACAAAGAAGUCCGCGGCCAACGAGGCCGGGUACGACAUUGCCUUCGACGACAAGACCGAGGAGCUCUUCUGUCACCGCCGCCUCGGCGCGCACCCCAACGUCGUAGCUCUCAAGGACAACUUCGAGACCGAUGCCCACCACUACUUGGUCCUUGAAUUCUGCCAGCAGGGAGACCUCUACGAGGCCAUCCGUACUGGACAUGGACCCAUCUCCACAGAGCACGUCCGUGGCUUCAUGAUGGAACUUGUCGAUGCCGUUUCGUACAUGCACGGCAUGGGCAUCUACCACCGCGAUAUCAAGCCGGAGAACAUCUUCCUGACCGAGUCUGGCGCCAUGAAGCUCGGUGACUUCGGCCUGGCCACCACGGAGAAGUGGUCUUAUGAGACCGCUGUAGGCAGCGAUCGCUACAUGAGCCCGGAGCAGUACGAUAACGACGGAUCUGGAUAUUCGCCAGCUCAGGCGGACAUCUGGGCCAUCGGCAUCGUUCUCCUGAAUGUGCUGUUCUCGAGGAACCCCUUCUCUGCACCCUCCGAGUCGGAUCCCUGGUUCGCAGACUUCUCCCUUGACAAGCAGAGCUUGUUCGACGUCUUCCCCACGAUGUCGCAGGACACGUAUGAAGUCAUCUGCCAGUGCAUGAGCCUCGAUCCUCAGAAGCGCUCACUCGUCGGUGCCAAGCAGGCUCUUCGCCGAGUCGUCAGCUUCACCACGGAAGAGGAAGAGGAUGACGAGUACUGUUGCGCAGACCGUCAACCCAUGGCCACCGCCAACCGCGAACCCCUGCGGACUCCCUCGAUCCAGUCGCCCCAGAUGGAUCAGGGUGCCUUCCCGUGGGCCAAGGCCUUGCACGCAAGCCCCCCGCAGGCCAUCCGUCAGCUCAGCGCCAUUCCCGACGACGAGAGCUACACCGAAGAAUUGUUCCCCAAGUCCGAAGGCACCGUUGAUUGGAUGUCGUCUGCUCAGACCCCCUCCAUUGCCUCGGUCCUGACUUCCAACCUGGGGGCUUCGAUGAACUCCUUCAACCUGAGCCCCUUGAACAUCCCCUCUCGUACUGGUGCCAAGGUGUCGCCCAUGGCUGGUUCUCUGCCGAUCAACAUGAACAAGCCCAAGGUCAGCCUGAGUGCCAUGUCCAUGGUCUUUGGCAGCCAGAAGGAGCAGCAGAGCAAGAGCUGGAGCGAUCUCUGGGAGGAAGAUGAGGAGGAGGAUGAGUCUGAACAUGCCCGCCAGGUCCAAGCCUUGAAGGAGCUCAACAGCCGAACUUGGAGCCAAGACAGCAAGGAGAAUGCUACGCCUACUCCCCACGACCAAGCUUCGGACGACAAGCCCGUGCUCUCACCUGUUCAUGACACCUUCUCUGAUGACAUUGACGGAGACAUGGUUGCCGACGGGUUCUUCUUCCACGAGUCUGUCGUGGUCGAGCAACCUUCGCCAUCGCCUGAGCGUUACUCUCCUCCACCGAAGCGCAGCGACGUCGACCGAUGGGCUGCUCUUGGUGAGAAGCGUCGUGCUUAUACCAACACGUCUGAACAGAAGCGUCCUGAUCUGUUCUCCAAGUCGCGAGAGCCCUUCGGUUUGGGUUUCACCAACCAGCACACAUCACCAACUGGUCUGAAGGACUACAACAACUAUAAUCACCACAGCAACAAGUGGAACAAGGAGGGCAACACAACUCGUGGAUGCCCGUGGAACAAGGGUCGAGAUUGGAACUGGAACCGGCGUGAAAAGCGUCAGGAUAUUGGGUGGGUUGGCCAUUGGCAGGAUGCCCAUUGA